UCUCUUUCUUUCUUCCAUCCUAAUAAACCAAAAGAAGAGCCGUCGCAAAGAACACCACAGAGAAGAAACAUUAGAAUUCAUUCUGCUCGUCCGAUCCUGAUCAGAUGGCGCGAGUUGCGAUGAGCUGUUCCGCCCUCUUGGCACAAAGGAGGGGAAUCUCUGCUGCCAUAGCCGCCAUCGAUGUCUCCGCGAAGAAAGUCGAGGAGAAAGCGGUUAAGCUCGGCGCGACAGCAACGGCUACCACCACGGAGGACAAGACGGCCUUCUGGGAGCCAGACCCGAAGACAGGCGACUACAGGCCAGUGACUGGCACCAAGGAGGUCGACCCAGCUGACCUGCGCGCCGAGAUGCGGAAACAGAGGUUGCUGCACCAGUAAUGCACCCAAAGCUACGCCUCCAGGUUCACGUUUGUGCACCUCAAUGUACAGCGAAGAAACAUUGACGGACGAACUAACUAUUUAAGCGCCAUGUCGAGAUGAGGAAUUUUAAGGAAACAAUUCAAAUGCUCUAUGCAGAUAUCAUACUAUGCUGAAAUCUAUGAUGUUCAUUGCAGCAGAGAAAACUAGAGAUUCUUUGUCCUGA